UAUUGCUUUAUUGACAGACAGUCUGUCGUGCUGGCAACAAGUUUGAGCCACAGAUCCCAAGCACGUGAAUCGCAGCGGCAGAAGCAGUUAAUAAAAACAAAACACGAAACAAGAAACAAGAAACAAGAAAUGAGAAACUCACGACAAAAAGGAGCCAAGCUGGCUUUUUGCUUAAUUUGGCUUUAAUGCAAUGCAUUGAGCCAAAAAGCGCAGCGCUACGACAGAUCCUAAUUGAAAUUCAAUUAACAAUUAACAUUUAACGGUAAUACUUAAGCCCCCAGCAAUUUGGCAGGGCUUUGCUCGAGAUGGUAGUUUAAUUAUAAAUAACUUAAUGAGGAAGGUAAAGAGAAGGUGCGGUUCGUAUGAAGGUGGCAUAUAUAAUGCUGCCAAGAGCAGCUGAGAAAAAUGUUUAAAUGAUGCUUCAAGAUGCUUCUUAUUCCAACACCAAAUGCAGUUUGAAGUCAUAUAGAUAAAUAAAAAAAAUUACCCUUGGCAACUGACCGCAUUUCUUGCUGACGACUCUACUCAACUUCGGAUCGAAAAGUUAAGAUUAAAGAAACCCUUCCUAAAAAAUUCCACUCAUUCAUAAGCACCUCAAUAUUAUUGAAUUAACAGAUUCCCAAGCUGCAAAAGCUACCAUGAGCUGAUUUUUUAUGGCAAGUCAAAUAAUUAAUUAGCGGAAUCUUUUCACUUAUAUCUCUUGUUCCGUUCCGCUCAUUAGUCCAGAGAUUCGACGGUAUCCUGGUACCUGAUGUCAUUGCCAGUUUAGCAUAAUCAUAAAAGCUAAACUAGUGACGCAGUUUGGGUAAAUGUGUAAUUAAAUUAUGGAUGUCAGCGCGGCGAGGCAAUGAUUAUAAUGCCAUGCCAAUCAAGCGUUAAUAAACAUAAAUAAUAGAUCUAUAUAGGUGGACAGUGAUAUGACACCGAGAACUAAUCAAGUGCCCGUUAUGAUUCAUGAUCCUAUCGAACCCGUGAUGUCGUAAAAAUCCAAAACGACUCCGACAGUCAGAAUAAUUAUUAAUAAUAAUCGGCGACUGCCCAAUGCCCAAAUAAAAUACAAUGUCAACACCCGGCAUGUCAAGAUUGCAUAAAGUACGACCCAUUUUAAUCGGGCCGUAAACUUUUAUUAAGCCAAUUUCCCCCGAACUGGGUAACUACCAGACAUGAUUGGGACACUCUGGCCGAUGACAGAUAAUAAGGCAUAUACGCCGGACACGGAGCCCGCCGGUUCAAAUGAGGUGCCGGGAUCUAGCUCACACCUGCCGAUAGCACCGCCCGCUUAUACCGCUGCGGUAGUCCCGUUGAAUGACUUCAACUCCAAAGCCAACUUGACGGAGAAGGAUCAGCUGUCCCUGGAGGAGGCCGCCUACAGCCCGUUCGAUAAUCGCGAUCCCAAUGGCGCCAGCGCUGGCGGCGCUCUGGCGCAUCUGCUCAAGAGUUCAUUGGGCACCGGAAUUCUGGCUAUGCCCAUGGCCUUUCACAAUGCUGGUCUGGUCUUUGGCGCCGUCAUGACGCUCAUCGUGGGCUUCCUCUGCACGCACUGUGUGCACAUUUUGGUGAAAACAUCUCACAACAUUUGCCGAGAUGCCAAAGUUCCAGCAUUGGGUUUUGCGGAAACUGCCGAAAAGGUGUUUGAGUAUGGACCGAAAGCGAUACGACCCUAUUCCAAUUUUGCCAAGCAAUUUGUGGAUAUUGGCCUGAUGGCAACCUAUUAUGCAGCCGCCUGUGUCUAUAUGGUCUUCAUAGCGACCUCCUUCCACGAUGUCAUCAACUAUGAUUUGGGCCUCAAAUGGGAUGUGAGAAUCUAUAUUGCCAUGACUGUGAUACCCUGCCUGUUGAUCGGUCAGAUCAGGAACCUUAAAUGGCUGGUGCCCUUCUCGCUGAUGGCGAACGUGUUCAUUGUGGUCACCUUUGCCAUAACCCUCUACUACAUGUUCGAUGAGACGCUGGACUAUUCAGACAAGCCUCUGCUGGCGCCCGCAGCGCACAUACCCCUGUUCUUUGCCACCGUUAUCUUUGCCAUGGAAGGCAUUGGUGUUGUCAUGCCCGUGGAGAACUCGAUGAAGAAGCCACAGCAAUUCCUCGGCUGUCCCGGAGUCCUCAAUACAGCCAUGAUCACUGUGGUGCUGCUCUACACAGUCAUUGGUUUCUUUGGCUAUGUGAGAUUUGGUGACAAGGUUCGCGGCAGCAUUACGCUAAAUCUGCCUGAUGGCGCCUGGCCGGCCGAUACGGCCAAGCUUCUGAUGGCUGUGGCCAUUCUUUUCACCUAUGGUCUGCAGUUCUAUGUGCCCAAUGAGGUGCUGUGGCGCAAGAUCCAGCACAAGUUUAAUCCGGAAAGGCAUAACAUAGUGCAGAUUCUGCUGCGCACUGGCAUUAUUCUGGUCAGCGGCGGCAUUGCAGCGGGCAUUCCCAACCUGGAACCGUUCAUCAGUUUGGUGGGCGCCGUCUUCUUCUCGCUGCUGGGCAUCUUUGUGCCCAGCUUUGUGGAGACUGUAUAUCUGUGGCCCGAUCGUCUGGGCUGCUGCAAGUGGAAGCUGAUCAAGAACAUUCUCUUGGGCGUUUUCUCUCUGCUGGCACUUGUCGCCGGCGCCGCAGCCUCCAUUGAUGAGAUGAUAAAUCCCAAAGAGGAAAAUUAACAAUUGUCCAUAUUUGAUAUGCCACAACA